ACCAAAAACACCAGGUUCUUUCCUCAGAAGCUCAGCAAAGAAACUCAAAUAAUUCACCAUGGUCCAUUUGACAGAUCAUGAGCUCAAGUGCAUCAAUGCCCUCUGGUCCAAGGUAGACUGCAAGCAAGUUGGAGGAGAAUCUCUUUCCAGAUUUCUCUAUGUCUAUCCCUGGACCCAAAGACCCUUCAGUACUUUUGGUAACCUUAGCUCUGCUGAUGCCAUCUGCCACAAUCCCAAGGUCCUAACUCAUGGAGAAAAAGUGUUGCGCUCUGUUGGAGAAGCUUUGAAACACACGGACAACCUGAAAAGCCACUAUGCCAAACUGAGCCUGUACCACUCUGAUGAACUGCAUGUGGAUUCCGCCAACUUCCGGCGUUUCCUACAAGUGGUGUCUAUUGUCUUGGCUCAUACCUUCCAUGCAGAAUUCUCCCCUGAAGUACAGGCUUGCUUCGAGAAGGUAUUCCGUGGGAUUGCUGAUGCUCUUGGCAACGCUUACCACUGAACCAACAUUACCAUGCUAAAGGAAUCUCAAGCUACAAGUUAACCACCAGGCACUGCAUCUACCAACAAGAUUACAUGUAGUUUGGAGGUUUAAAAUGUAGCUAUUGAAAUUAACUUUAAAUAAAAUCAGUAUUAUUCUCAUA